GCUAUUCUCACUAACGGGAACUAGGGGAUUAUUCUGGCGUAACCACAGGAGUAACGUAAAUGUUAGUAAACAGCUGGCAACUGGUUGGCAUUGGUCGGAUUCGUGGCCAUUCCUUUACUGAUAUUAGGAGAAAAGAAAGAAACCCCCAAAAAUCAAGGUACAGAGUCUCAAACACGUUCCACCAAAAGUAGAUAGGCUAGGUAGAAAGAAAAGGGUAUUAAAGUUUGAACUUUCCUUCUACUAAACGUCUUGGAUUUCUUGUGAUAUCUUCAUUUCAGUCUCUCUUCUCGCCAAUCUCACUCGACUUAAUCAGAGUUUUUACUGCUCUUCAAGUUGUUGAGUUACUUGACCUAUCGCCCUACGAAGGUGCCAAAUAUAAAAUGGGCAUGUUCUCACGCAAACAGCAGGCACCUGCCACUGCUGGACCUGGAGCAAAUGCAGCUACUCAUGAGACGAAACAUCACGGUAAAGGACCAUUGGUUCUUCCCAUGAACACGCGUCCAAGCUUCGGUCAAUGGCUUAAAGUUACUUGGCUCGAUAUCCUCACUAUGGCUGCGAUGGGUGCUGUUGGACUGGGUGUCUAUGAAGCCCAUCCAGCUCCUUCUCGAUCUUUCCCGGUCUAUUUCCAAGAUGGAGAGAUUGUUUAUCCUCAAUUCGCAUAUCCUCUCCGUAACGAAAUCGUUCCAAUUUGGGAAGCUGCACUCCUCGCAUCUCUCGUCCCAAUCGCAGCCUUCUUGAUUGUUCAGAUCCGCGUCCGAUCUUUUUGGGAUAUGAACAAUGCGGUGAUUGGUCUCCUCUAUUCUCUCAUCACAGCGGCCGUCUUCCAAGUUUUCCUCAAAUGGCUCAUCGGUGGUCUUCGUCCUCAUUUCCUCACUGUCUGCAAACCCAACAUUCCAGUAACUACGGCACAAGAAACAGGAAAUGGUCUCAACUUCAUCAUGUACGAUCGAAAAAUCUGUACAGGUGACGAAGAUGAAAUCGAUGACUCUCUCGAAUCCUUCCCAUCUGGUCACUCCACUGCUGCUUUUGCCGGUUUCGUCUUCUUGUCCAUAUACUUGAACGCAAAGCUCAAGGUUUGGUCAAACUAUCAUCCUGCCAUGUGGAAACUCAUCGUUACAUAUGCACCCAUUCUCGGCGCCACACUUAUCGCAGGUGCACUCACUAUUGACGAAUAUCACAAUUGGUAUGAUUGUCUCGCAGGAGCUAUCAUCGGAACAGUGAUGGCGUUCUCAUCUUACAGAAUGGUGUACGCGUCGAUUUGGGAUUGGAGAACUAACCACAUCCCUUUGAAUCGCUCAACUCCUUUCCCUGGUACUGGAGCGGAUCUUGAGAAUGCGACCUUCACGAGACAAGCUGGAUGGGGCACUGAAGGCUACAGUGAUGGUGGAUAUGGUGCUUAUGGUCGUGGAUAUGGUCAUGGACAUGCACAUGGUAUGGGCCACGGUGGAGAUAUCAGAAAUAAGGAAUAUCAUAAUGGAACUGGUACAACAGGCAUUGGACGUAAACCCGUCGGUGCAGGUGCGAGUCACUUUAACGGAGAUGCAGCGCAUGUCGUCUAAAGUACUUCAGAUGCUCUAAGAGUAUAAAACCUGAUGAUUAUAAGAGUUUGGAGUUGCUUAGUAGGGUGUGACAUGGCGUUUAGCGAUGAAGGAAUCAAGCAAGCAUGGAUGGUUGGUUGGAUUUUACGAACAUGAUACCAGCAUAACUUGCAUCAGCCUUUGAUUUAAUUUCAUAUUUUACAUUUGAUGGUUAAUUAGUUAACUUUUAAUAAACAUUUACGAUUUGAAAGA